AUGGGGGACUCUCAGGAGGAUUACGAAGAGAGGAUGGAAGAGAUAAUAGGGCUGGAAGAAUAUGAUGACCACGAGGUCUCUGUACCCCAGGUGGAGGUGGAAGAGCCAACAGCAUACCUCGCCGAGCAGACAGUCACCGACUAUCAAACCACAUCCCAGCCGGGCACCCACGAGGUCUACGUGGAGCUGCAGGAGCUGGUGAUGGAUGGAAAGAACCAGGAGCUGCGCUGGAUGGAGGCAGGGCGCUGGGUGCGGCUGGAGGAGAACCUGGGCGAGGAUGGGGCCUGGGGCCGCCCGCACCUGUCCUAUCUCACUUUCUGGAGCCUCCUGGAGCUGCAAAGAGCCUUCGCCAAGGGCACCGUCCUCCUGGACCUGCAGGAGACCUCCCUGGCGGGGGUGGCCAACCAGCUGCUGGACAGAUUCAUCUUCGAGGAGCAGGUCCGGCCAAAUGACCGAGACGAGCUGCUGAGGGUCCUACUGCUGUCUCACAGUCACGCCGGAGACCUGGAGGCCCUGGGGGGUGUGAAGCCCACAGUGGUGACGCGCUCCGGGGAGCCCUCACAACCUCUGCUCCCCCAAAGUCCAUCUCUGGAGACACAGCUCUCUGCCAAAAGAGGUGGGUACCGAAGGGACGAUCCCCCUUCAGGAAUCCUGGAGAAGAUCCCCCCGGACUCAGAGGCCACAUUGGUGCUCGGUCGGGCCUCCUUCCUGGAGCGGCAGGUGUUGGGCUUGUGCGGCUGCAGGAGGCAGUGGAACUGGAGGCCGUUGGAGCUGCCGGUUCCCGUGGGCUUCCUUAUUGUGCUUCUGGGCCCCGAGGACCCUCACACCAACUAUACCCAGCUGGGCAGGGCCGCUGCCACCCUCAUGUCAGAGCGGGUGUUCCGUACAGAUGCCUACCUGGCCCAGAGCCGGGGGGAGCUGGUACGCAACCUUGAGGGCUUCCUGGACUGCAGUCUGGUACUGCCUCCCACUGACGUGCCUUCGGAGCAGGCCUUGCUCAGCCUAGUACCCAGGUGGCAACAAGAGCUACUGCGGAGACGGUACCUGCCCAGUGCCGCCAAGCCAGACCCCAGCUUCUACAAGGGCCUCGACCUGAAUGGGGUUCCAGGAUCUGCAGGGGGCCCAGAUGACCCUCUGCAGAGGACAGGAAACCUCUUCGGGGGUCUAGUGCGUGACAUCCGCCGCCGCUAUCCCCACUACCUGAGCGACAUCACAGAUGCGCUCAGGCCCCCAGUCCUGGCUGCCGUCAUCUUCAUCUACUUCGCUGCCCUGUCGCCUGCUGUCACCUUUGGGGGCCUCCUGGAAGAAGACACAGAACCAUAUUGGGGGUGUCGGGAGCUGCUCAUCUCCACUGCCGUGCAGGGUAUUCUCUUCUCGAUGCUGGCCGCACAGCCACUGCUGGUGGUUGGCUUCUCCGGCCCGCUGCUCGUGUUCGAGGAGGCCUUCUUCUCGUUCUGCGACAGUAAAGGCCUGGAGUAUAUCGUGGGCCGCGUGUGGGUUGGCUUCUGGCUCAUUCUGCUGGUGGUACUGGUGGUGGCCUUCGAGGGCAGCUUCCUGGUGCGCUUCAUCUCCCGCUACACCCAGGAGAUCUUCUCCAUCCUCAUUUCCCUCAUCUUCAUCUAUGAGACGUUCACCAAACUGAUCAAGAUCUUUGAAGACCACCCACUGAAGAAGAACUAUGAACACAACGUGACCGUAGUACCCAAACCACAGGCCCCUUUGCCCAACACAGCCCUUCUCUCUCUUGUUCUCAUGGCUGGGACCUUCUUCUCGGCCAUGACACUGCGCAAAUUCAAGAACAGCUCCUACUUCCCUGGCAAGGUGGGCAGGUCAUUGGGGGAUUUUGGCGUUCCUAUCUCCAUCCUGAUCAUGGUCUUGGUAGACACCUUCAUCCAGGACACCUACACUCAGAAACUCAAAGUGCCCAGCGGCCUCACCGUGUCCAACUCCUCAGCACGGGGCUGGAUCAUUCACCAACCGCUAGGCUUGUACUCCCAGUUCCCCAUCUGGAUGAUGUUUGCCUCAGCCCUGCCUGCCUUGCUGGUCUUCAUCCUCAUCUUCCUCGAGUCCCAGAUCAACCACGUAAGUGCCAGGCUGAUCGUGAGCAAACCCGACCGCAAGAUGGUCAAGGGCUCAGGCUUCCAUCUGGACCUGCUGCUAGUCAUGGGCAUGGGCGGGCUGGCUGCCCUCUUCGGGAUGCCCUGGCUCAGUGCCACAACUGUGCGCUCUGUCACUCACGCCAAUGCCCUCACCGUCAUGGGCAAGGCCAGUGGCCCGGGGGCCUCUGCACAGAUCCAGGAGGUCAAAGAGCAGCGAAUCAGCGGGCUCCUGGUCUCCUUGCUUGUGGGCUUAUCCAUUCUCAUGGGACCCAUCCUGUCCCUCAUCCCUGUCUCUGUGCUGUUUGGCAUCUUCCUCUACAUGGGAGUCACCUCGCUAAGUGGCAUCCAGCUGUUUGACCGGAUCCUGCUUCUGCUCAAGCCACCCAAGCACCACCCAGAUGUGCCCUACGUCAAGAGGGUGAAGGACUUGGCGCAUGCACAUGUUCACAGGGGCAUCCAGAUCGUCUGCCUGGCCGUGCUGUGGGCAGUAAAGUCCCAGCCGUCCAUCUCACUGGCACUGCCCUUCAUCCUCAUCCUCACUGUGCCCCUGCGCCGCUUCCUGCUGCCACUGAUCUUCCGCAACCUGGAGCUCCAAUGUCUGGACGCUGAUGAUGCCAAAGCCACCUUUGAUGAGGAGGAAGGCCAUGAUGAAUACGACGAGGUGCCCAUGCCCGUGUAA